CAGUGCACCUACCGUCAAUCUACGGUGUGAGUCAGGUCUUGGGCUCCGAUCACAAUGGCUGAAUCUUUCGAGAAAGUCGGGCUACUCUUCGCCCAAUUUCUCCCCAAGACACCACAUCCCACUUUCCCAAGCCACAUGCUCCGUCACCCAGGGCCAUCUCAUGGGGUCAAGUCAAGCCAUGGCACAGGCCACACCCAAAGUGACGAUGAUCGAGCACUCGAGAAAAGGCGGGGAGAUUGAUCGGAAACUCAAAUGUUGAAGCCAACCACCAUGUGUACACACUGAUCAGCAGUGCCAAGAAUGGGAAUACGAGAUGGCUCAUGGUCACCGUAUGACAUGGAGGCCAGCGGCUCAUUGUAGUGCUAUAUAGACAUCACUUAAACAACCUGAAUUCAUGGCAUGCGAGUGUCCUAAGCUUCAAUCAAGGGAAUCCUCGAGUUCACUUGGCACUGUUACCGCUAUGUUCACCAGCAACGGUCUUGUUGCUCUCGCAACACUCGGAUUUCUCCAUCAAUGCAUGGCCACCGCCAACCUCUCGCCCGCUGUCCUGAAACGAAAUACCUCGCCGCCUGAGGCGAGCAGCCUUGCGAAGAGGGAAGUCUGUUCGGACGGCACCCAGUGCAUUGUCGGCAGCUGCUGUGGUGAAGGGUGCUCAUGGAACUGUUGUGGUCUGGACCAAGGUGGAUGUAAGAUCCCAUCCCUCAAUGCGUAGUCUUCUUAUAAACGACUGACUGACAAAACAGUCGGAUGCGAUCUGGGCGCGCGGUGCCAAUUUGACGGCAAUGUGUUUAUCGGAUGCUGUGACAACUUCAUUGGGUAUGCCUCGUUCACCACCCAUCUCCGCCAACAAGCAUCGAGCUAACCUGGUAUCCGCAGAGGCUGUACCGGUGAAGCCACCCGCAUCACCGUCCACACCCCCUACAGCACCGUCACCUUGAGCGACUCGACACCUAGUAUAUCAGCCGCGAAGACGUCUAUAUUCACUUCGUC